AUGGCCGCGCUCCUCUGCCUCGUGUUGUUCAUGUACUUCACAAGUAUAUCUACUGCCCAGACUAAUGACUGUCUGCACUUGAGGGAGCAAUGUAUAAAUGCUGCAAAUGGAUGUGAGAGCACCUGGAAUGUUCUUGAAGAUAUCUGCAAUAUUUCAGUUCUAGGUAAUAGAUGCAAGGCAGAAGACGUUAUUGGAUGUAAUAGAAUCAUCCAGGUCCUGGCUGACGAAUACCCAGAAUUUAAAAACUGUGUCUGCACUACAGAUGAUUUCUGUAGCAUCACGACUUUGCUUGGGAAACAGUGCAGCAUUAAUAAAGAAUAUUUGGAAACUUCCUCAAGACCAGAUACCGAACUGAGUUUUAGGCAACACAGAAACCCCAAACACCAAAGACACCCAGAAGAAUUAGAGAAUGACUGCAGAAUUGCAAAACAAACCUGUCAAGAGGACUCUUACUGCUUUUUAGUGUAUAAGAGCUUCCAGCGAGCAUGCCGGGCAGACGUGGCGAAAUGUAGGCUCCCGAUGUUCAACCAGGAGUGUUUGUCAGCGUGGAAAGAACUGAGGAAAACAGUGCUGGGAGAGUGCAAGUGCCCCGAGCCACUUCAGAUGAGAUGCGUUAAAAUAUGGCAGGGAAUAUUUAACAACCCUUGUUUACAAUACUCUCAAGAGAACCAAGCUUCAGCAGCUAGUGAAAAUGAUGGUGAUGAUGAUGAUGAUGAUGGAAAUCAGGACACCGACACAGACAAUAUUAGUACAGAAACAAAAUUACAGUGGAGUUUAUCUGCUCUCUCCAAACAAGCAUACACAGCAAACAGAACCUGUUUGGAUGUGAACAAGGAGUGUGUUGAAGAUGAAGUAUGUAACAAACAGUUGUCCCUGUACCUUAAGGUUUGCUCAGUAAAUAAGAAGUGCAACAUGGAAGAAUGUCAAGCAGCCAUAAGGUUCUUCUACCAAAACAUGCCUUUUGAAGUGGCCCACAUGAUGACAUUUUGUGAUUGCAUCCAGGCUGAUGAAUCCUGCCACAGAGCCAAAGAACUUCUCCAUGGCAAGCCCUGUGCAGUUACUGCAGUUCCACCCCCAUCGUGUCUGAAUGUAAUCCACAUGUGCGAAGAGAACGAAUUGUGCAGGAAAAAAUACACAAAUUUUCGGUCAAAGUGUUGGAGGCAUGUGACGAAAAAAUGCUACGAUGAUGAAGCUUGUCUUGAAACUUUAAUCAAGGAUGACAUGCCCUGUUCUGCAAACGCUGAUUGCAAAGCAGCCUACAUCAGCAACUGGGGCACGAUGCUGCGGGUGGAGUGCACCUGCCAGAAUUUGCCUCCCGCAGAGCAGUCUUUGUGCGAGCUCUUCCAUCACAUGCUCCACAGCAAAUCCUGCUUCAGUGAGUUACGUCAAAUUCCCAUUAAGAAGAAAGGUUUUCAUUGGGUAAACACAGAAAUGCCGGGAGAAAAGCUUUCCAGAGCACAGUUCCAUUCUUCUUCAAUUAAUGGUGAAACAGUCUACGUUAUUGCCUAUUCCUCCUGCAUAGUUCUCAUCCUAGGAAUAGUCCUGUUGACUCUCCUAAAGAUCAGAGCCUGCAGAACAAAACAUGAGUCAAGAAGUCCCUCGCCAGACCAUUCUUCUGAAACAUUUAUGGUCCAUUAUAAAAGUCACAGAUGA